AUGUCUCUAGUCGAUCCCGCGCUGCUAGACAGUGUCAACCCAAACCACGUCGCUCCCAACGCACAGGUAGCCAACGACCCAGAGCAUAUGCACAUUGCGCAGCCUGCUUCGGGGCAGCCUCAGAUGGUUGGUGCGCAUCAGCAGCAGCGACCACCUACUUCUGCAGAGAUCGAUGCUGUGAUUGCCGCAGCAAUGGCAAACGCUCCUCCUGCGCCUCCCCCAAUCGAGCUGGGUGUCGAGACCUCCACUCGCUCCCUUACUCCCCUCAUGACCAACAUCCUCCCGUCGGCCAUUGGAUCUGAUGGCCGCGUCAACCUCUUUGUCGGCAAUCUCCCUUAUCGUGUUCGCUGGCAGGACCUCAAAGACCUCUUCCGCAAGGCUGGCACGGUGUUGCGCGCCGACGUCAGCCUCGGGCCCGAUAACCGGAGUCGCGGCUAUGGCAACGUUCUCAUGGGCAGCAGAGAGGACGCGGCCCGAGCAAUCGACCGCUUCAACGGCUUCACCUGGCAGACUCGUACACUCGAGGUCCGUCCCGACCGCCUGCCACCAGAGUAUGAGCCUCAGCCACAUGUCCACCACAAGCCGAUGUACGGCUUCAUGCCGCCGCAGAUGCAACACUUUGGCGGUGGCGGAUGGCCGGCGCGCCCGCCGCCGCAUCAUGGCCCUCCGUUUGGGUCAUUCGGCGCCCAUCUAGGCCCUCCGCACGGCGGUGGGCCCUCGCAGGCGUUCAACCGUGCCCCGCAAAUGGGCGGUCAUGUCGGUGCCAUCCCGCCGAUCGGGGCAUCCCCGCUCGCGGGCUCGCUCACCGCCGGUGCGCAGGGAAACCAUGGUCCGCCCGCGGGUGCGUCUGGUUCCACAACUCCUUGGGGUGCACGUGAAGGUGGUCUGGCUCCGUUUGGUGGACUUGGCGACCCGUCGGCCGCCCAUCCAGUUCGCAGCCCGUCGCCCCUUGGCAACCUGCCUGUGCCCGGUGACGGCAAGCGCCCCGCAUCGCCAGCUCCUCCAGCCGACCCCAUCGGCCGUGGCCCGCCUCUAGGUCGCAUCCCCCCUCCCAACCUCCUUACUGCUGGUGGUGUCAAGAACGCCUUUUCGCCCGAGCCCGAAACGCAGCCUCUCCGCCGUCUGUCUGCUGGGUCAGAGGCCAACGCUGCUCACCCAAUCGGGCCCCCUCCCAUUUCCCUCAACGGACUGGCGAGUCAAGGCAAGGAUCUCGGGGCACCGGGAACCCUGGUCGACCGUGUCGUAUUUGUGAAGAAUCUGUCCUUGACCACCCAGUGGCAGGACCUGAAGGAUCUCUUCCGACCCGCCGGUGUGGUGAUUCGUGCCGACGUGGCUACGGGACUCGAUGGCCAGUCCCGUGGCUUUGGCACUGUCCUGUUCGCGUCCAAGGAUGACGCCCUCAAAGCCGUCGGCAUGUUCAACGGACACGAGGUCGACGGCCGGAUUCUCCAUGUCCAGACAGAACGUCAGACCCUCGAGGACAAACAGAUUCAGCCUAUUCACCCCGUCGACCCGUUCCCAGUCUUUGGCAGCAAGACUUCACCUUCGCCGCAGGUCUGGUCGCAACAGCCACUGCCUCCUCUUGCCAUGGCCGCGUCGUCGGCGUCCCCGGAGACGUUCCCCCAGCCUGCAAUGUCGAACCCUUCCCUUUCACCUGGUGCCGGGACUCGUAUCCCUUGGCAACUCAACACGGCCAUCAACUCGUCGCCGGCUUCGGCGCCACGCAAGGAAGGCGGAGACGACCCCUUCCAGCGUCCCUCUAGGCACCCAGGACCGAUCCAACUGCCCCCGUUUGCGCCGCUGGGCGACGUCGGCAAUCCCCUCAGUCCGCUUCAAACGCGCAACCUGCCCCCCAUGACCCCGUCCAUGCCGGGCUUUGUGUUCAACGCGUACCCACAAACACCACCUCUGCAUCCUCAAUUCUUGUCGCCUGGCCUUGGCCCAUUCUCGCCCGGUCUGCCUGUCACAAGUCCGUUGGUGGGCCGCAGGAGUCCGUUCCUCAACGCUGCUCCAGGUGCCCCCGUCGCGCCGGCGCAAGCUGGUUCUGCCGCCCUGGGCACGCCAACAACACAGGCGUUCCCUCACAACGCGCCACCACAACACCCAACCGUCGGCCCUCCUGGCGGUGGUGAGGCCGAGUACUUUCCCCGCGUCGAGGCACCCCAAGUCAACCGCCUCGUUCCCGCUGCGUCGCCAUUGAACGCCCGUGAACGCCUCGCGUCGUCGGCGGCCGGGGCGGUGGUGGCCGACGAAGACCUGCUCGUCAGCAGCACGGCCUCGUUGUCACUGCUCGGCGAGGCCGUGUCGAUUACCGGCACUGCCAACUCGUCUCCAACACCGCAAAGCAAGACCAAGCGCGGACUGGCGCCGGGUACCUCGGCGGCGGCAGUGGGUGCACCGGCCGCGACGAAUGGACGGAGCAGCUUUGACGAUGGACCCCGCCAGCCUCUUGGAGCGUGGAACUCGGAGCGUCGUGCGAGCUGGAGUGACCUUUCAGGAGCGGGAGGAGCUGGAGGAGCGGGAACGGGAGCUGGAGCUGGAGCGGGAGGUAGCAGCAGCAGUCAGAGUUAA